AAUUUAGUUGGCUUUCUCUUUGCUCAGAAUGAGUGGUGGGAGCCGCAAACCGGUGUUUACACUGUGAAGUUCGAACACUCAGACACGCUACUGAUUUUGCACAGCAAAAUUGAUGGCACACUGGAGAUGCCCGUAUAGUUGACAAAAAUGUUACACGCACUGACAAUAACAACAUUAUAAAGGGCUUUCACAGUGCGGGGACGUAGCGAGUUUCUUCGCACUGCUAGCUAGAAAAAUCGCCACCUGUCAACCGGGAGUGCACCCCACUAGAGUCCCUCGUUCCCACGUUGAGAUACGCUAUUCUUCCCCUCCUAAGUCCACGCGCGGCGGAGAAAGAGCUUCUCGUGUGCACUGUGGAGGGUGUGGCUCUGUCGCGCGCGUUCCCCUCGCGCCGCCUGGGAGAAGAAUCCCAAAAUUGCCCUCCCGCCCCCACCUAUUUCUUCCUCCCGCGCAAGAUUUCGUUGCUCCCACGCUCACAUGGUUGCUCGGCUCCGUGGGUGGGAGUCCCUCACGCCUCGCCCUCUCCAAUUCACGGCCAACUCGCCAUAGCCGCUCGCGCCACCGACAGAGUUGUUCCCAUGCAAUCCUCACCUUCCCCUCCAGAGAAACCCUUGCUCGAGCUCUCCCUCGCCGUCGUUGUCUGCAAGAGGUAAGCAAACCCUAGCCCUGCAUGGUUAACGGUGGCGCGCCGCCGAGGGAUGGGAGGAUAAGAAGCGUGGCAGGAUAGGAGAGCGGAUCGACGUGGCGGAUGGGGAGGAGAAGCGGCGCCGUGGAUGUGGAGGAGAAACGAUGCGCACGAGUGGGGAGGAAAAGUGGAGCGGCGCGGCGGAAGGCAGAGCGAGCGGCGCUGAGGAUAGGAACGCGGAUUGGAGUCGAUGCGUCACGAGAAGGAAGGGGCAGAUGGGGCAGAUUAUCUGUGGCCCAUUCGGCUGGGGCACCGGCUAGGUAUGUAUUUGUGGGCUGUGUUACCUCACUAAUAACAUAAUCCAGUUAAGCCAUUUAAAAGAGGUCGCAAGCACUGUGGGGAUGCAUGGCCUAUGGAUGAUUCCGGGCCAAUUUCGUGGAUAAAUGGGCUAGAGGCACGUUAGGAGUACCUUGUCCUAUGAGUGUCUUAAGGCCACGAGUAAUGUAGAGGAACCAAGUAGUAUAUAUAGAUUGUCGAAACAAGAUUUCGGUAAUACUUAAAGGGGGUGGCUAUCAAGCUAGAAAAGUGGAUGGGUUUGAAAACAAGAAAUUUUAUACAGGUUCAGGCCUUCUUAUUCAAGAAGUAAUACCCUACUCCUGUCCGGGGAUGAUUCCGCCGAGUAUAUAUUGAUCGUAUGAUCUGGGGAAAAAGAAGUGUCCCGAGAGGAACCCGGACCCCUCCUUAUAUAGGGGAAGGGGUCCGUAUUAUAAAAUACAGUCCAUAUCCCAAACGGAAUAUAUGAUUACAGAUAAAAUACAAUCGUAACCGACUAAGAUCCCGGGUAUUUCCUUGACAUACAAGUUUAAAAACUAACCCGAAUCCUCGUAAAGAUAUUCUAUCUAUAUUUGGUGUCGUGUACCCAACUAAACUAUAACUGCCAUGUAGAUAUGGGAUAUCUAUAAUCUCCACAGUAGCCCCCGAGACCUUUGCAGUCGACGAAAUAGCUUUUUCAGAACAAAAAGCAAAAAUCCGAGUGCUUCAAUUCCUCUUGCUCUGGCCUGCCGAGUACUAAAAUCAAAGACUGUGAAGGGCGAAAAUAAAACAUGGUGCAUCGAGUAGAUGCACCUAAUUAGGUAUAACCCCCGACUAUGUGGUUAGUUGAAAAACUAAACGUGUAGUUAAGAACCGAGUGGUUUUACAACCAAACAUCAUAUAGCAAAGCACGCAUGGUAUUCAGUAAAAUACCCAGCCGACUGCUUCUCAACUUGAAUAUAUCAAGAAUAAAAAUAUGAAAAGGGCCCGAGUGAUAAACACUCAAAAUGUCCACAAAAAGACAUAUUUGACAAGAAUCCGAGUAAGAAACUCUUAAAAUGAUCUACCAAAUAUGAUAAAAAUCAUGGUAAUUAAGAAGUUUAAUAGCCUAGGCUAUAACCCUCACCAUAAUCAAAAUAAGCAUAUAAUAUGCCAAGAGAAUGACUCUUAAUAAACUAGUCAUCUCGAAUCAACCCAAAUAGCUUUUGCAGCCUAAUAAAGCUUACAAAAAUAGUAUAACACCUUUCUGUCGGGCACCUUUUUAUUUGCAUCGUGGUAAUUCCAAAGAAUUAUCAAACUGCGUUAAAAAGGAUUUUAACAGCAUCGGGUCACAUCAUUGUGAGCACAAAUUGCCAAAGCAAAAAGCGCCUAAGUCCAUAGGGAUCACAACGGGCCACGCUGGUAAUAAUAUUGGGCUGAAGUACUGUACAGGCAUAGGCCCAUUAGCACUCCCGAUACUCUAACAAAACACCGAAGUCCAAGCGACGCUUCGUCUUCCCCGCCGAAACUCUCGUCAUUUCCCCACUCCUUGUUACAGUACAAAGCUGCGCCGACGAAGCUAGGGUUCAUCAAUCCGCCCCAAUCCAUUCUCAAAAAUCCACGAAACUUCUCCACGCGUCCACCGCACCGAUUCCCCAUUCCCCUCCAGCAACUUUUCAGACCGAAUCUGACUGUUCGACUCGCACCCAUGGCGGAAGAGAGAGAAAGUUUCGAGAGUCAGUAGGCGCCCUCCGACGUGACGGAGGAGAAUCUGAAGGAAAUGGUGGCGCACGGCGUUCUUCCGGCAAAGGAGAUCAUCGGGUGGUGGCCAGCGUUUGGCGAAGCGUUCCCAACCCCCGAUACACACGAGGUCGUGGUAUUUUCUCACUUCUUUUAUGGUGGAUUUUCUCUUCCAACUUCAAGAUUCUUCCGAGGAAUUCUAAGCUUCUAUGGAAUUAGCCUGCAUCACCUGAAUCCAAACUCCAUAGUGCACAUUGCCAAUUUCAUUCACGCCUGCGAAGCUUUUCUGGGCAUUAGGCCUCAUUUCGCCUUAUUCCGCCGAAUCUUCUUCCUCAAGCCCCAACCGAACAAGAGCAAACCAUGCGUGGUUGGGGGCGCCAGCUUCCAACUCAGAGGAACACUAAGCCAAAAGUAUUUCUCCAUGCCCUUUAAGACCUCAAACAAAGGCUGGCACGCAAACUGGUUUUACGUUCAAAAUCCUAAACCCGCACUCCCCGAGUACUCCUGUCUUCCUCGGAUUUACCAGGACACAUGGAAUUCAUUGCCUAUGGGAGAUGAAGCUGCUCAGGCAGUGGAAUUGAUGGAACGAAUGCUAAAGCUGAAGGAACAGGGUUUGCAGGGAGAACAAAUCACUCGGCACUUCAUCAAAAGUCGGUUAGCUCCAAUCAAAGAGAGGUCCCACACGGCUUUUGAGUUUGACGGCAAGCAUGAUCCAAAUCGUGAAGAUCUAGACUCUCUUGACUUUAAGGUCAUGAAGGAAAGAAUAUACAAGAUCUUCUCAAAUGCCAUUGUUAUCGGCUAUUCACAUCUGUUGCCAGUUGUGCCAUACAAUGCAUUCAACCCUCCUCCACCGGAUUUUGCUCUGAUGAAGUCGGAUCCCCCAAUCGCUCAGCGCCGAUCACCUCGCCGUCAGACUGGUCAGGGGAGCGGGGGACCAAAGAUCCGGUCCGAAGCCCAGCCCAACACUUCUAAUCCAGCCGGCCAGUCAGAUUCCUGUAAGAGGAAGUUAGUGCUAAGUGACGACGAAGGCGACGAUGCUGAAAAGACUAGAGAUAGAGAAACAACCAGAAAACUCCCGAAGCAAGCCAUUCCAAAGAAGAAAACAUCCAGUCAUCCUAUGCCGAAGAUCAGGAAGUCUUCCAGGAAACCAUCUGAUAUAGAUCCUUCUGGGAAGGACUCUGAUCCGACUAACAUGGAGACGAGUUCUUCCAAGGAAACCGGGCCGACUGCUAAGGAUCAUCCGAGUGACAAUCAGCCGGCAAUCGACAAUGUAGAAUCCGGUGAUCAACCCCCGACUGGAAACCAAUCGGCCGAAGCUGAAGCCGGAGUUAAUCAGGAGCCCCCGACUGGAAACCAGUCGGACACAGGGCCAAGCCAAGAGAUUCCAGAAGUUGAAGCUCAGGCUGAUAGCCCUCGCGGACAUGAUGCCAGCAACGACCCGAGGCCUGGAUCUCCUGCUAAGACACAAGAGCCGACUCGUCCUCGCCCGGGAAUCAUCACGGGACCAAUGAUUGGUGAUGAAGAGGAAGUUCUCCGGAUACGUGCGGCUGAAGACUCGCGCCCUUCCAUUUUGGUCAAGUGGUGGGAUGAUGACUUGCAACCUCAAGGAAUUGUAAUAAACCGGCAAAAAGAAGACGAAGAGGUAUGCCUACUGAAAAAGGCGCUCGGCCAAGCGAUUCUCAUUGUAAACAGGAUUCACCUUAGGAGCGAGGCGAAGACCACAACCCUAGAGAAAUUAGUUCCUCAUCUUGGAACCCUUGAAGCUGUCAGAGAUCAAUUGCACGAAGCAAAAGAGCUUGCCAAGAAAACCGAGCACGAUCUAAGGGAUCGGAUCGCUGAGCUCCAGGAGUCUAACUUCGAACUAAGUGGUUCAUCAAAAGUGCAAGCUGCCAAGAUAUCUCAAUUGGAGAAGCAGAUUCAGGCUCUAGAAAGCGACAAAGCAGAGCUGGCAAGACAGGGGGACUCGGCUUUGAAGGAUGUUGAAGACCGCAAGAUCAAGUCGCAGGCUCAAUUCGACGUCCUGGUUGGCAAAAUCAAAAGACUUGAAGGGGCCAGGGAUGAAGUUGCUAAUGUUGCUACCCCACUCGUCCAAGCGAUGUUCAUCAAUAACAAUGGCCCGAGUACACUUGAUGCUUCCGAAAUCUUCGACAAGCUGAGAGUUGCUCCGGAUACAUAUUUCAAGAAUAUCAAAGAAGCUGGAAGUAUGGGAGCGAGUCUGGCGUUAGCAAUGACCAAGUCCCUUUACCCAAAAAUCGACAUUGAUGCCAUUGACGGCUUUGCAGACGGGACAAGCGAAGAAGCUGUUCUCGAUCUUAUCAAUGAUGCACAGAAGGUUGCUGACAAGAUAGCAGUUGAUGUAGUGGAGAGAUUUCAGGACACCGAUCUUCGACUGACUGGUCUUGAUGACUCUGAUGAUGAGAAAACUGAUACUGAUUGAUGUAAUGUAAUGACAAUGAUUCUGAUGAUGAUGAUGAUGAUGAUGGAGGCACAAUUUGUACAA